UAUACAUAAUUAUUAAUGUUUACCAAACAAUGAUCAAGCAAAGAAAAAUGGGAAAACGUGCUGUUAUAUCUUGCGUGGGAGCGAUCAUAGAGAAAAAUAAAAAAUCUCGUGUCGGUCGAAUGGUAUGCAACCUGUGCGAUCAUUAUAUCAUGGGAAAUCCAUUAUACGUCAUCAUGCUGGGUAUUAUUGGGACCGUGAUAACAACAUUUGAUGUCAUACGUACAAUGAAUUGCAAAGUACCAGUUAGAUGUCCAUCGCGUCCUAAAAGAGAAAACUUGGCACCUUGGGACGUGGAAAGAGACUUGAAAUUAAUGACUUCUAUCCUUGGAAUAGAGCACUAUACACUGAUAAUGCUAGGUGCUAUUACAGAAUACCCGAUGCUAUACACUCCCUGGCUGCUGAUGCAGUUAUGCGUUAUUAUCGUAGAGAUUAUAGUAUUUUUUGUGAGACUCUUUUUAGACGGUUUACACGUAAAACGCGACGAGAUCUUGCCAGCUAUAUUAAUGGUCCAUAACUGGUUGCAAGUGUUUUGCCUGUUCCAUCGACAAGCACGAAAUUCUAUUCAAUGAAAUAAACAGGAUGAAAAUGUUUUUCAAAAGCAAAAUCAAACUUUACGAUUUAUCUUCCUAUUUAUAAAAAAAUAUAUAUAUAUAUUUUAUUCCCUUAUGCGUUAUGCCUUUCGUAAUAAAGCCAUUGAAAAUAAUCUUGUAAAUGAAAUAUCGAUAAACGACAAAUCCUUUCCGUUAACAAAUAAUAAUAUAUAAGAAACAAAAUAAAACAUAAUUGAGACAAUUGAUCCUUUCUUCUUAAAUCAACUCGGACGAGUUCGCGUACUUUUUUUUUUUAUUCUUCAAAGAUUGAAGGACAUUAUUUAAAAAAAAAAAAAAAAAAAAAUUGAUUUUAAUUGCAUUGCUUUUCAUUAAGUAAUACUCUGAUGAAAACUUUGAAGAGAAUUUUUUCGAAAUUACAUUUUGAUAUAUAUGCCAUCUAUGUUUCUUUUUCU